ACUUUCUUCUUCAGUGUUGUUACACAUUAACAGCUGAGCUCGUGAAAUCGCUCUUCUGCGCAUGAGCAAACAAGAACGACUUUUUUUUCGGAAGGCAAAAACUCCAGUAAAGCGAUUGUUUCUUUUCGACCCUACAGGAUCAUUUACGGAUAUAUGGAGACUUUGAAAAUAAAUUCACACAUGGAGAAUGAAGUACAGGACUUUGUACGUCUAGUGAGACAUAAUGAAAUGGUGUAGAAGAACAAAAGAACAGAGUUUGUGCGUGUUUGUGGAGCUCAUCUGAUGUCUCUGAGAUCUUCCUGAAUCAUCUGGGCUCAACUAGCGACGGCCAUGAAGAUCCUGCUGUGCUUCACCAUCGGGUUCUUCAUGCUGGACUCUUGCAUGAGCCACACUUUGUUCACUUGCGAGCCUGUGCAUGUGCAGUGGUGCCACAGCAUGCCCUACAACACCACAUUCUUCCCCAACAUGCUGGAGCACUACGAUCAGGACAUCGCUGCAGUGAAGAUGAAGCAUUUCAUGCCUUUGGCCAGCCUGCGCUGUUCUCCUGACGUGCAUCUGUUCCUGUGCCAAGCUUUUGUUCCUGAGUGCAGGAAACACACGCAUGUCCUGCGUCCGUGCAGAGAGCUGUGUGAGCGUGUGCUCUCCGACUGCAGCAGAGACAUGCUCACCUUCGGCAUCAGCUGGCCGCCCGAGCUGCAGUGUGACCGAUUGGAGUCAUGUCUCGUUUCUCCUGAUGGUUCUGCGGUGUCAUCCGUGGAAGUGACCACAUCCAGAAUCUCUCAGUCUUCCGGUCGGGAUCUGGGGUUCUGGUGCCCCCUUCAGCUGAAGACUCGUCCCGGUCAGGGUGGAUCUUUCCUCGGGGCUCAAGACUGCGCUCCACCGUGUGACUACAUGUACCUUAAAACGCAAGAAGUUCAGUCCGCCAAGAUCUUCAUUGGCGUGUGUUCCAUUGUGUGCUUAUGUGCGACUCUUUUUACAUUUUUAACCUUCCUCAUUGACGUGAAGCGCUUUCGCUACCCUGAGCGGCCGAUCAUCUUCUACUCUGUGUGCUACAGUUUUGUCUCUCUGGUCUAUUUUGUUGGUUUUCUGUUGGGUAACAAGGCAGCCUGUAACGAGCCGAGUCUGCCGGGCCGUGUGUGGACGGUUGUGCUGGGAGCCCAGAGUCGAGUCUGCUCACUGCUCUUCAUGCUGCUGUAUUUCUUCUCCACUGCGGGAAUGGUGUGGUGGGUGGUUCUGACCAUCACCUGGUUUCUGGCCGCAGGGCCGAAGUGGAGCUGUGAAGCGAUUGAGAAGAAGGCGGUGUGGUUCCACACGGUAUCCUGGGGUCUCCCCGGAGUGCUCACUGUCGUGCUGUUGGUGCUCAAUAAGGUGGAGGGAGACGGCAUCAGUGGUGUGUGCUUCGUGGGCUUGUAUGACCUGGCGGCGCUGCGCUGGUUUGUUGUGGCUCCGCUGGCGAUCGCGGUGCUGGUCGGCCUCUCGCUGCUGCUCGCCGGCAUCAUGUCUCUGAACCGCGUGCGUCAGGUGAUCCAGCAUGACGAGCAGAACCAGGAGAAACUGAAGAAGUUCAUGAUCCGCAUCGGAGUGUUCAGCGGCCUGUACCUGCUUCCUCUGCUGGUGCUGCUCGGCUGUUAUCUGUAUGAGCAAGCCCACCGCAGCCACUGGGAGAACAGCUGGAUCAGCCAGCACUGCCAGGAAUACAGCAUUCCCUGCUCCCGCCACCGUGUUGUUGUGGAGGGGCCUGAGCUCUCGCUGUUUCUCAUUAAAUAUCUGAUGACGCUGGUUGUGGGAAUAUCAGCCGUGUUCUGGGUCAGCAGUAAGAAAACCUGCUCAGAGUGGGCUUCAUUCCUCAAGAGAACUCGCAAGAAAGAUCCCAUCAGGGAGAGUCGGCGCGUUCUGCAGGAGUCCUGCGAGUUCUUCCUCAAGCACAACAGUCGUGUGCAGCACAAGUCAAAGCACUACAAGUCCUCCUCACACAAGCUGAAGGUCGUGUCAAAGUCCAUGGGCACCAGCACAGGCAUGCACACACCGGUCAACAGUAACCAUGACAACACACCUGUCUCUGCGGCAAUCCGCAAUCACUACAUUCCAAGCCAGAGUAUCUCCGAUCCGCAUCGUUCCUCAGAGAUGUCCAUUCAGGAGCACACGGGGCGCAUCGGAUCAACAGCACCAGCUGAGAGACGCAGUAAAGCCGACAGUUCCAGUCGCAUCAGCAGCCACGCUGAAAGCUCACACAGGUUGACACCCAAAGAGGAUUUGCUGCAGGCUGACCAGAGCUCCGCCCACUGCACCAACACACAAUGAAAUCACAGGAUCGGCAUUGCAUCUGAAUGGAGCUUAAGGAGAGAGACUUCUGGCUCUGCCCUUAUCUCUCUCUCUGUACAUUUCAAUUAUUGAUGUCCGUGUCACUGGAAGCUUUGUUUUAAUUCCUGUACACUACUGUAAAAUCAUCAUCGGGUUAUAAUGGUAAUGCAGCUCAUAUUUACUGACAGGAUCUAGAGUCAACAUGAAUUUGUCAGUUCUCUUGCGUUUUUGUAGGAACAAGAUUGCAAAUUUGUAAACUCCUCUAAGUGAUUCAUCACUGGAAUAGUCUUAACACUGACACUUCUGACCUGAAUCUAUGAAUGAAAGCAACAGAUUUAAUACAGGACUCACUUUUAAAUGAGAGGCUCUAAAGAUUUCUUCAGAAUUUGCACAAGUGCUCAAACUGUAUGCCAAAAACACAUCCUAAGAGAAUAACCUGAUAAAACAGCAACAUUGUUUAAAAAUAUAAACUUUCUCUGCACUAGUAAAUUUAGUCUUCAAAUUCAAAUUAUGAAGAUUAAGGCUAUGUUCACACUUGGCGUCUUUUUUGAAGCUGCCAGUGUCUGUUUUACAUUAUAAUCCUAUAAAGUAAACCGUGUUUUCAAAAAAGUCCUGAGCGCUUUUUAAAACACCACCACCAGCAUCUUUUUCUGCAGCUCAGAGCAUCUUUUCAAGUUGAAAAAUGUUCUAACUUUUCUGAAAAAAAAAAAGCCUUACAUCAAGCGCCUUUUUGACAGCUGACCAAUGACAAGCGAGUGGUGAGUUGUCUCCAUAACAAAAACAAUGUGAAAAAAGGAGAAGAUAGCCGGUAGACAGAUUGUACUAGUUUCGGAGCACAAGGAGUUGUAUGAUAUGAGUACAAAACUCUAUGUACCCUUACCAAAAAGUAGUAUACUUCAAGUUUAUUUUAUUAAGUAUACUUAAGUUCAAGUAUAUUUAGACUUUUUGUAAGUAUAAGUCAAGUAUACUUAAAUGUCAUUUUAUGUAUAUUUCUGAGAAGUACAUAAAGCCCAUUUCUGAGAAGUACAUAAAAAGUAAACUAAAAGCAUACUUUCCUAUUUUUAGUUUAAAAGAAGUAUACUAAUAGCACACUUAAAUAAACUUCUUUUUCGUAAGGGUAGUCUAAAAAAAUAUGCUGCAAACCGUGCAUCAUCCAACCAGAGCUCCUGGACUAAAUUGUUGGAAGCACAUACAGUUUCCUUCCCUGUGUAAUGUGGCGUUCCCACAAACGUCAUUGUGAACCGGCAUUACCCUCCCCAUUAACUUUAAACGUCAUUUCUGCAGCACACAGCAUUAGGCUACCGUUGCAGCUGUUUUUAAAGCAACAAAAGACGCCCUCGGCUGCUAUUUUUAACCAAAAUGCUACCAGUUUUUUUUUUUUUCUUGUCAAAAAAGACGCCAACAUUUCAGUUGUAUCUCAGCUUUUCUUUCAAAAAACUCUUUUGUCAUUGCUUUGCUAAAAUGGCUUUUUUUAAACAUGUUUGUAAUGUGUACAUACUGUAGACAGGAAACCACCUUUUACUUUUUGACAGGAAUGAAACUGAAGCUCUGAGGAAAAGUACAGUGUGUUCAAUGGAUUGUACUGUUUUUUAACAUAUCGUUCAGCUAACAAAACUAAAAAAAUAUUUUAUUAAAAACUCCAUAUAACUUUUUUUUUUAAAUUUAAAAAUGUGUUCCUUUUUAAAAUACAGUACCUUAACACCUUUAUGUUUAUGUGCCAUUGUAAAGACUGUAAUGAAUCUGUUAGAUGAAGUACAGCUGUAUCUUUCUGUCCAUCAUACAGUUUAUUAUACAUGUUUAUAAUGCAAGGCUUAUCUUAAAAUAAAGUCCAUAUAAAACCAUCA